CUGUCUCGUCUCUAGAUUUCUCCAUAGCCAUGGCCAGAGCUACCACAAACCUCGCAAUAUUCUCUCUUAUUAUCUUCCUCUCCGCAGCGCCAAUUAUAAACUCCCAAGAAUUCUCGAGAAAAUUCUCCAAGAGAGAGAUGGGGAUGAAGAGAGAGAAGCUGAGCCACCUCCACUUCUACUUUCACGACGUCCUCGGCGGCCGAAACCCCACGGCGGUGCGAGUGGCGCAGGCCGCCACGACGAGCUCCUACCCCUACAAGUUUGGCGAGGUGCUGAUCAUCGACGAUCGCCUGACGGUGGGCCCGAACCUGAGCUCGAAGGUCGUGGGCAGAGCUCAGGGGAUGUAUGCAUCGGCCGACGUGAGCGACGCGGGGCUUUUGAUGGUGUUCAAUUUCGCCUUCGUGGAGGGGAGGUUCAACGGCAGCACGCUGAGCGUGUUGGGGCGGAACGCGGUGCUCUCGGCGGCGAGGGAGAUGCCUAUCGUGGGCGGCAGCGGCGUUUUCAGGUUUGCUCGCGGGUAUGCUCGGACGCAGACGCAUCUGCUUGACUUGAAAAUGGGUUAUGCUGUGGAGGAGUAUGACGUCUAUGUCUUCCACUACUGAUUAGUAUUUCAUAUGCGUCGUGUCUGUAUGUCUCAAUUACCUAUUCAUGCUCUAUGUAUUGCAAGGAGUGUUAAAUAGUUCCAAAUAAUUAUUUUAUUUAAUAAAAUAUUAAUGGUAAUCGUAGAAUAAUUCUGAUAA